UUAAUGAUCGUAUUUGCCAUCUGCACUUCUUUAGUUUUGGUUGCUGGCCAAAAUUUCUUAUUCGGCCCUUUGCCCAACAGACAAAUCAAUUUCAAUACCUUGGAUUUCCCACAACCCACACAAGUGAGAGAUCCUAGACAAAAUAGAGGACCCGUUGUCUUCCCCCCAUCUCCACCAGACGCAAUUGAUGAAUCCAGUGGUGUGAUUGUAGGAGCCUCUGGCUAUGGUUUUGUGCCACCCCAACAAAGAACAUCAUAUUUUACAUCGGCUUAUCGAUCGAAUGGACCCACAUCAUAUGCUGAAUUUAACUAUUAUAAUUUUCCGUAUUUACAACGAUUUACGUUUUAGUUUUAAAUUAAAACCAACAAUAAGAACCACAAAAACAACAAACAACAGCAGUAGCAACAACAACAACAACCAUAAAGCAAAACAAUCGAUCAAUUGAUCGGUAUGAAAUUCUCAUAAAAGCAGCCAAAAGAAGCCAAACAGCAACUAAAGACGGCUGCUUCUGAAGACAGGAGGUAUGAGGAGGCAAAAUAGGCGACAGUCGCUGAGACUUAUUGCAAAUGCAAAAACCAGUCAUAGUUUUAGUAUUUGUGUAUUGUAUUAAAAAGACAUACAAUAUUUAGAAGUAAAAAUAUAAUAAUCAUUUAUUUAAAUAAAAUAUUUUAAAAUAAAAAACUUGUGCAUAAAAUAAUUAUCUUUAUUUUGAUUGUAAAAUAGCAAAUAUAUAUUUUUAAUUUCACCUUUAAUUGUUUAUCUUUAGUGUAAUUUAUUUUCUAAUUAUAUGUAUGUACAUUUUCUUAUGAAUUUUAGCUUGUAAAUUAUUGUAAAUAAUUAAUUAUUUUGAAAUUUUUGUGUAAUUAAAAUAAAUAA